CGAGACAGAGAGGCGUCGUUUCAUCAGCCCUGCGACACUCAACACUCAGGAUCCUCACAGUCCUCAGCGUUUCCCAGUUUGCCCAGUCGGACCAGCAGUACGACCAGUUGUCCCUCCGCAGCUCACAGAGAUUCUGGCAGCGACAUAGAAAGCUUCCUGAACGCCGAGCCGGGAUAUGACAGCAUCUUCAGAAAGAACGAUGAACCAGUAACAGGAGGAGACAGUACCAGCGAGGUCUCUGUCUCCUGCUCCUCUACAGACGACACCGCUAGCGUCGGCCCGUCCAGCUCCAGUCCCGAGGUUAGCCAGGGCCUGGGCUGCAGCUGGAGCCCAGAGGAGGGCGUCCAGACUGGGGCUGCCACCUCUGCAGGACUGGAUGGUGGAGGAGGAGGAGGAGCAGCAGGAGACGCUGAAGAAGAGGCCAAAGACAGAGUGACUGAGGUGCCGCGACGCUCUUGUCUCCUCCGGAACAGCCUCCGCUCCCUGUCGCCUCUACGCCGCCACAGCUGGGGUCCUGGAAAGAACAACGGAGGAGACACAGAGAUGAACCAGAGGAGUUCCAUCCGUAGCCCUGGUGAGGGGAAGCCGACCUUUCACAGGAGAAGCUACAGCCUGGAGGGGCUCAGUGGGGGGCCAGAAGAGCUAAGGGGCCCCACCACCCAGGGGCCCCGAAUCCUAGAGCCCUUAAGGAUGCCCCGACAGGACAGCGAUGACAGGGGCUCACUGGUUUCUCUGACAGAGGAGCAGGAGGAGCUGGGGGAUCAUGGCAGACUUCAUGACCCGAAAUCGCGGAGGUAUCGGCCUCUGCGAAACAGCUGUCCUCCCAUGUCCCUGCCCCUCACCAAGUCUGUAUCCAUGCUCGCCAUCAGCCAGAGAGACAUCGAUGGUAUGAGGUCGUUUUCCAGCACCUCUGGGUCACUAGCAUACAGUAUAUCAGAGGAGGAGCCUGGGCCUCUGCGGAGCGACACUGAGGGAAAGGGUGCGACGAAAGUCAGCCGGACCUUCAGCUACCUCAAAAACAAGAUGUACAAAAAGACCAGGGAGAAGGAGCGAGACAAAAGGGAGAAAGACAAGGAGGGGAAGGAGAAGGACAAGAAGACUGUGAAUGGUCACGUGUUCAUGCCAGUCGGUUCGGCCCAGGCAGCCCAGUGUUCCCAGUGCAAUAAGGCUUUCAACAGCAAAGAGGCUUUCCACUGCACACACUGUAAUGCUUCCGUCCACAAGGGCUGCAGGGACAGCUUGCCUCUCUGUGCCAAGGUGAAGAUGAAGUUACCCAAGCAGCAGUUUGCAGUACCAGAUUCAAGCCCUUUUCCUGGAGUCACCAUGAGGAACAAAUCUGGUGGGACGAGGGAACGCCCCUGGUCGGCCAUCUUGUCCCCUGAAGACCAUUCUUCUUUGAUGAUCCCAUCGUCACGGAGACACACCAGCAUCAUGCCUUUCCAUGGCAACAACCUGUCCAAGAGUCUGUCCAUAAGCAACAUCGCUGGUCCGGUGUUUGAUGACAUUCCCAUUAAAGGCCUGCGGUAUCUCUCUCAGUCUACGGACUCCCUCAACAGAACAAACCAGGUCACAGAGUCCAUGGAAUCGCUCACUGAUGAAGGGACGGAGAUGAUGGACGGGCAGUUGAUGGGGGAGUUUGAGGCAGAGGCCAAAGAGCUGGAAGCUGAUUCGUGGAGUUUAGGUGUGGAGCAGCAAUACCUGCAGCAGCUGGACAAAGAGCUGGUGAAGAGACAAGAUGUCAUCUACGAGCUGAUGCAGACGGAGAUGCAUCACAUCCGGACAUUGCGCAUCAUGUCAGAAGUGUACAGUAAAGGCCUGCAGAAGGAGGUGCAGCUUGAGCUCCAGACAGUGGAGAAGCUGUUCCCCGUCCUAGAUGAGCUCUUGGAUCUGCACACGCAGCACCUCCUGCGCCUCCUGGAGAGGAAGAGGGAGUGCCAGCUGGAGGGGGGAUGCUUUGACGGAGGAUUCAUUAUCAACAGGAUAGGAGACAUCCUGGUCAGCCAGUUCUCAGGAUUCAACGGUGAAAGUAUGAGGAGGAUUUACGGAAGAUUCUGCAGCCGCCACAAUGAAGCCGUCAACUUCUACAAGGACCUGCUGACCAAAGACAAACGCUUUAAAGCCUUCAUCAAAAAAAAGAUGAGUAGCAGCAUUGUGCGGAGGCUUGGCAUCCCAGAAUGCAUCUUGCUGGUGACCCAGAGGAUAACAAAGUACCCGGUGUUGAUUCAGAGAAUGCUACAACACACUAAAGAGAGCGAGGAAGACUAUGAUGACCUGACGGAGUCUGUCCGGCUGGUGAAGGAGGUGAUCGCAGCAGUCGACAGCAAGGUGAACGAGCACGAGAAGAGACGCCGUCUGAAGGAAUUCCACAGCCGCAUGGACAGCAAGUCCAUCAUGAUGAUGAAGAGCGGCCAAAUUUUCGCGAGGGAGGAUCUGCUGAGGAGGAGGCUGAUCCACGACGGAGCGCUGCAGCUGAAGAACAGCCAGGGAAGACUAAAGGACAUCCACGCUCUGCUCCUGUCAGACGUCUUUGUCUUCCUCCAAGAGAAAGACCAGAGAUAUGUCUUCGCCAUGCUGGACCAGCGCUCCACGGUCAUCUCCCUCCAGAAGUUGAUCGUCAGGGAAGUCGCUAACGAAGAGCGCGGCCUCUUCCUCAUCACGGCAGGCAUCGAGAAGCCGGAGAUGAUGGAGGUCCUGGCCAGCUCAAAGGACGAACGCAACACCUGGAUGCAUCUGAUCCAAGAAGCCAUGCAGUCCAUGGAGAAGGAUGAGGAUGAAGGUAUUCCCAGUGAGACCGAAGAUGACAAGAGACAACUGGAGACUAAAGCCAAGGAGAUGAGAGAUUUGUUGAGGCAGAAAGACACAGAGAUCAUGUCUCUGCUGGAGGAGAAGGUGCGGCUCUUCAGGGGGAUGUGGGAGGGCCUGAAUCCAGGCGAGGAGGCCUGCCAGCAGGUCGAACCCUUCUUCAGGUCAGCCUGCAGCUUGGAGCCACCCAGGGGGGCGUCCAUCAUGAAGGAUGCCCUGCUGGAAGUGGAGACGUUACAGGCGCUGGUGAACGGCAGCCUGGGCGGGGCCAUGGCCAGCGUCCAGGAGGGAGGAGGCGUGGGGCCAGUGUGUUUGCCCCGUCGGGCUGAGACGUUCGGAGGCUUCGACAGUCACCAGAUGCACAGCAACAAGAGUGGAGACAGAGACGAGGGCGAGGAUACGGUGGGAGAUCUGCGCAGGACGGAGUCUGACAGUGUUUUAAAGAAGGGAGGAAACGCCAACCUGCUGCUGCUGCUGAAGAGGAACAGUGAGCAGGUCCUUCACAGUGUCUCCAAUCUGCAUCUCCUGCUCAGCACUCUGCAGGCGGUGGUGGUCCAGCAGGACAGUUUCAUAGAGGACCAGCGGCAGGCCCUGAGCGAGCGCUCCUCCUCCUGCACGUCUUUAUCUCGGCCAUCCUCGCGGCCCAACUCCCUGAUUGAGCAGGAGAAGCAGCGCAGCCUGGAGAAGCAGCGGCAGGAGGUGGCAUCCCUGCAGAGACAACAGGCAGCUCACGCUGAGGAGAAGAGGAGGAGGGAGAGGCAGUGGGAGCUCAGGGAACAGCAGCUGACUGAAAGGGAGAUGCUGGUGCACGUGCAGGAGGAGGAUGUGCUGAAGCAGCACAAGGAGCUGGAGGUGGAGAAGCAGGAGCUGCAGAGUAAGAAGGAAGAGUACCAGAAAGACCUGGAGAGGCUGAGAGACGCCCAGAGGAAGUUGGAGAGGGACAGGGAGGCCGUGCAGCGGCAGCUCGAGAAGAUGGAGGAGCUCCGUCUGGCUGAGAGGACUCCCUCGACGACAUCUGAUGAAUCCCAGUUCCCCGGCAGCUCCCAGUCUCUGGAGCUGGACCCACUGGAGUUCUCCUCCUCCUCCUCCUCCUCCUCCCUGCCCAGGCUUCAGCCCCAGCAGUCCAAGCCCAAAGGAAAAGGCCUCAAUCCCUUUACCUCAUCCUCCACUAACGCCAACCUCAAGGGCAGUGAAGCCAACAGCCAGAUCUCAAAGAGCCUGCUGCAGCUGGCCAAGAGCAAGAACAAGGAGGGGAAGGAAAAGAAGAAGAAGAAGGGCAAAGGAGGGAGUGCACAGACAGCAGACCCCCAGCACCGCCCUGAGCCUCCUCUGGAUGGAGAGAUCUUCUUCUGCUGAGGGAAGUGGCUCUCCUCCUCCUCCUCCUCCUCCUCCUCAUCAUCAUCAUCAACCCAUCAACCCAUCAGGCCAGCCCGACAUGCAGAGGAACGUGUUAUUGCUGAGUGGUAACAUGCAUUACUGCAGCUUGUUACCAGGCUUUUUUGGCACCUUUGAAAGCAUCUUAGUUCACUUCAUAACGUAGAGCAAUUUAACAUUGCGUGCAAGAAAAAGAGAAAAUGUGUGCUUUCUUGCAUGUUUAAAUCAAACACCACUUCUUGUAGUUUUCUGGAGAGCAGAAUAUUUUAGAGAUUCUGAUAUCGUGUGCACGUAGGCAUACACACACUUGCAGUACUUUAAAAUAGGGAACAUGGAUUAGCUGUGCGCUUUUGGGUAUUCUGCGCAAAAAACCCCAUUUCCUUUUCCAAAGAAGUCAUUAUGAAGCAUUUUGGAGUAAAAUAUACAUUUGUGAAAGCUCUGUAUUACAAUGAAAGCAUUUCACAGUGGAUUGUCACUGUGAAAGUUCUACCAAUUAUGUUAUGGGCCUGACUGCCUUCCUGUUUUCAUGUCUCUUAUGGCCAACAACCACCCCCCCCC